AUGACUGACCCUGAAUCUCAGAGACUUGAGAGCCAGAAGCAAACGCACUAUUCAGCAACUCUGCUGUUUGACGACUAUGCUGCAGAGACCAACAACACUUUUCAGUCUCGUUCAAAGGGGAAAACGGCGGUGGCAAUAUGUGUUGGGCAGUUGAUCGCAUUAAUGGCUGCGUCAAUAAAUGCUGCAUCUUUCACGCUUGAGUAUGGUAUGAAAGCAUCGGGGUUCCCCAUGUUUCUCAUGCUUCCAUCAUAUAUCAUCUUGGCGAUGCAUUUGUCUAUUCGACCUGCCAUUACGGAUGGCGAAGUCCACAAGAUGCCCAUAAUCGCAAUUGAGCUGAGGCGACCAUGGUGGCACUAUAUUUGUCUAUCCGUGCUCGAUAUCCUUCCAAAUUACUUGACGCUCAUCUCUCUGAACCAUACGAGUCUGGCGAGUACAAUGAUCCUGGGAUCUUUAUCGGUCCCUUCCACAAUGGCAGUAUGCGGAUUGAUUCUCGGAAAACGAUUUCGAAAGGUCCACUAUGUUGGUGUUGCCUUGUGUCUUAUUGGAGGCUUGUUGACUCUUUGGACAGAUGGGAACCAACAAUCUGGCACUGGUGAUGUCACUGAUGCCCCACACCCAUACUUUGGCGACAUUUGUGCCACGCUGGCUGCUAUCUUAUACGGCGUCGCAGAUUCUGUUGGGGAGUUUUGGACCAAACGCGUUGAUAGAAAGGAAUAUCUGGGAAUGAUUGGACUGCACGGGGCGAUUUUCUCGUUCUCUGCUUUCCUCGCUGCUGAGCGCCAUGCCUUGUUCUCUUUGAUUGGCAUGGGAACCUUUGGCCUCAAGGCAUUUGGCAUCGUAUUCUGGUAUACUUUGUCGCUAGUGUCAUUCUACGUACUCGUGAGCCUCUUUCUCGAGUUUUCUGAUGCGACACUUCUGACCUUGUCGCUGCAAUCUUCAAAUCUAUGGGCUAUACUUUUUUCCAUUGCAGCAUUCCACUUGGUCCCUCCUAUUCCUGUCUGCUUCGCAGGGAUUCUGAUUGCCGCUGGAGUCACCAUCUAUGAAAUCCUUGGGAACGGCAACGAAGUACAACCACAAGCGCCGUCUUCGCCGCCUAGUGCGAAUUUGUCGUUAUUUGACGAAUCAACGGAAAGCGUCGAAACUGAAUAG